AUGACCAGCAACCGAGCAAACUCGAUUGACCCUGCCUUCAAAAGCCGGGUCCAUCUCAUUCUGCACUACCCGGAGCUCAGCGAGUCCGCCAAGUGCAUUUUGUGGAAGCAGUUCGUCAUGCGCGCCGGCUGGCCCAGCAACCUCACGGACCAACAGUACGACGGUCUGGCGAAGCUCGGCAUGAACGGCAGGGAGAUCAAGAACGCGGUGAAGAUUGCAUUCCUCCUGGCCUCGAGAGAGGAGAAGCCGCUCGAGGUUCGCCAUGUCAAGACCGUGCUUGAUGCGACGCGCGAGGCGGGCGCGGAUAGAUGGUGGCCAGUUGGCAGGGAAGAUUUCCUUUGA